CUCACCAGUUUCUUAUAGAAACGUCGCGGUGCAGUUUGAUCUCUGCUCUUCCACCCAAAAAAUUAAAAAAAAAUAAUAAUAACAAUUUUAUCUGUGUCGAUCUUCAUACACACAUCUUCAUCGUCAAUUUUCCCAUCGUCGACGAUUUAUCCUCAUAAAAAACUCAAAAAACUCGGAGAAAUGGCGCAGAUGCAGCUUGAGCCGCCGCAGAUGCGGGUGACGGGAGGUAACGGUGCGGCGGCGGCGAGUGGCGGUGGAGGAUCGAGUCAGAUGGUGAUGACAUCGUUGUUUGUGGCGGGUUUGGACAAGAGUGUAACGGAGUCGCAGCUGUAUGAUCUGUUUAAUCAAGUUGGUCAAGUAGUUUCAGUUAAGGUUGUUAAGGACACUACCAGCGAGAUUGGUCAUGGCUAUGUUAAUUACAGCAAUCCCGAUGAUGCUGCAAGGGCAUUGGAUGUUUUGAACUUCACUCCCGUGAAUAGCAAAACAAUUCGCAUAAUGUACUCUGAGCGUGAUCCCAGUAGCCGAAAGAAUGUAGCGGCAAAUGUAUUCAUCAAGAACUUGGACAAGUCUAUUGAUGGCAGAGCUUUACAUGAAAUAUUUUCAAGAUUCGGCACCAUCAAAUCUUGCAAGAUAGAGACUGAUUCAUAUGAUGAGUCUAAAGGGUAUGGUUUUGUUCAGUUUGAUAGUGAGGAAGCUGCGCAGAAAGCUAUAGAUAAGUUAGAUGGUAUGUUGAUUAAUGAUAAGCAAUUGUAUGUUGGGCGUUUCGUUUCUAAAGAGGAAAGGGAUGCUGCUUUGAGUAGGGCAAAAUUCAACAAUAUAUAUGUGAAAAAUCUUUCUGCAACUACAAGUGAAGAAGAUCUUCGCAAAAUUUUUGGUGAAUAUGGAAGAAUCACUAGUGUGGCUGUGAUGAGGGAUGUUAAUGGAAAAUCCAAAUGCUUUGGAUUUGUCAACUUUGAUAAUGCUGAUGAUGCUGCUAAGGCUGUUGAGGCCCUAAAUGGAAAGAAGUUUGAUGAUAAGGAGUGGUAUGUUGGCAGAGCCCAAAAGAAAUCUGAAAGAAUGAUGGAACUGAAAAGUCAGUUUGAGCAAACUGCAAAGGAACAAGGGGACAAGUCUAAAGGAUUGAAUUUGUAUGUUAAAAACUUAGAUGACUCAAUCAAUGAUGAUAAACUGAAGGAUCUGUUCUCCGAGUUUGGAACAAUCACUUCAUGCAAGGUCAUGCGUGAUCCUAGUGGAAUCAGCCGAGGCUCUGGCUUUGUUGCAUUCUCGACUCCUGAAGAAGCUUCACGAGCUCUUGCUGAGAUGAAUGGAAAAAUGACUAUGAGCAAACCACUAUAUGUUGCUAUUGCUGAGCGGAAAGAGGAAAGAAGAGCACGGCUGCAGGCCCAGUUCUCUCAAGCGAGGCCAGUUGCAGUGCCACCUGUUACUCCUCCGGUGCCAGUGUAUCAGCCUGGUGCAACUAAUUUCGGACAAAAUCUCUUUUAUGGUCAAGGACCUCUUGCAAUGAAUCCUUCUCAGGCCGAAUUUAGUUAUCAACAACUUGCUCCAGCGAUGAGGGCAGGUGUUGGUCAUGUACCAAAUCUGUAUGUGCCUGUGAUUCCUUCAGGUCAAAGGCCUAGUGGGAGGCGUGGAGCUGGUCCUGGUCCUGCACAACAGACACAACAGUCCAUGCCUUUAUCACAGCAUCAGAUGAUGCCAAGGGGACACAUGUACCGUUUCCCACCUGGACGGAACAUGGCAGAUGUGAUGCCAGGAGAUGGAGGCGUAUUUCCAGGUCCUUAUGGCUUGGGUGGAAUGCUUCCUCGAGAUGCUCCUUCUCCACAACCAAUGCCAAUAACAGCAUUGGCCUCUGCCCUGGCAAAUGCACCAGCUGAUCAGCAGAGAAUUAUGUUAGGUGAAAAUCUUUAUCCUCUGGUGGAUCAGUUGGAGCACAAUCAUGCAGCUAAGGUCACAGGCAUGCUUCUUGAGAUGGACCAAACUGAAGUUCUGCAUUUGUUGGAGUCACCAGAUUCGCUGAAGGCAAAAGUUGCAGAAGCAAUGGAGGUUCUCAAGCAUGUUUCACAAGUCAACCCAACAGAUCAGCUGGCAAAUCUUUCACUCAAUGACAAUCUUGUUUCUUAAGUUUUAGGGUGGUUUUAGUUGUGGUCGUUUUAUGAAAAACUAGUCGCAAUCGUUUGAACUUAAAGGGUUUUGAAUUAUUAUUCUUGUUUUUUAAUAACUAUUUUCUCUAUCAAGUAUCAACUCGUUAUUUGAAUUUAAAUGGUUUUGAACUA